UGUUAUUUUUUUCUUUAGAAUAUUUUAAAUAUUAUUAUAUCAAUUUUUUUUUUAAAUAAUUGUUGCUUUUCUAAAUAAAUAAAUGCACAAUUAGCAUAAUUACAUAUAAAACAAACAUAUAUUUACAGCUUAAAUUACAAAUUCUAUACGUACAUUAUAAGCAAAAAUGAAAUACAAAGAUGACCUAUACUUGAAACAGUUUUUAAAUGUAACAUGCUAUGCUAAUGAGAAAAUAAUGAACGUCAUUCAAUCCACUAAUCAUGUACAUUAUUUACUUUACAUUUGUUAUCACCUAUAUUAUCAGUACAAUAUUGUGACUGAGAGGUCGCAUCAUACGAAUAAUCUACAACUAACGUAAGAUAAUACAAAAAUUGCGUUACUUAAAACAACCGCAAUGUGGUAUUUUAGACAUAUAAAUAAAAUACGGCCUUCUUUAAACCUUAAGUCAUUGGCAAGAUUUAAUCAUGUUCAAGUCAAAGAAAGCAUUAAAAGGCUACAAAUUAGUAAAGUCCUCAUUGCCAACCGAGGUGAGAUAGCAUGCAGAGUAAUGCGUACAGCUAAAAAGUUGGGUAUUCGGACUGUUGCAGUAUAUUCUGAUGCUGAUAAACAUGCAAUGCAUGUUGAAAUGGCUGAUGAAGCAUAUCACAUAGGUCCUGCCCCAUCAGCACAGAGCUACCUAAAUGCAGCUAAAAUAUUAGAUAUAGCAAAGAAAUCCAACAGUCAUGCCAUCCAUCCUGGUUAUGGCUUCUUAUCAGAAAAUGUAGAAUUCUGUGAAAAGUGCACCAAGGAGGGAGUCAUAUUCAUUGGACCUCCACCUUCAGCCAUUAGAGAUAUGGGUAUAAAAAGCACAUCAAAAGCCAUAAUGUCGAGUGCUGGAGUGCCAAUAGUAAGAGGUUAUCAUGGUGAAGAUCAAAGUAUCGAGAGGCUUCAAGCUGAAGCUCAGAAAGUUGGAUUUCCACUUAUGAUUAAAGCUGUGCGAGGCGGUGGUGGCAAAGGUAUGAGAAUAGCAAUGACAGAGGAAGAAUUCCUACCACAGUUAGAGUCAGCUAAAAGAGAAUCAUUGAAAUCGUUUGGAGACGACAAUAUGCUUUUAGAACAAUACAUUACAGAUCCACGGCAUGUAGAAGUGCAGGUAUUUGCUGACAUGCAUGGAAAUGUAGUGCAUCUAUUUGAAAGAGACUGCUCUGUACAAAGACGGCAUCAAAAAAUCAUAGAAGAAGCACCUGCUCCAGGUCUGUCAGAAAAUACCCGUAAGGCGAUAGGCGAGGCUGCAGUCAGAGCUGCUCGCGCCGUAGGCUACGUCGGCGCUGGCACUGUGGAGUUCAUACUACACAGAGUUACACACGAAUUCCACUUUAUGGAAAUGAACACUCGGUUGCAAGUUGAACAUCCCAUUACAGAGAUGAUCACUGGAACCGACCUAGUGGAGUGGCAGCUCCGCGUGGCUGGUGGCGAACCGUUACCAUUGACGCAAGAAGAGGUGGUGCGGCGCGGCCACGCUGUGGAGUGCAGGAUCUAUGCUGAAGAGCCAUCUGCUGGAUUUUUACCCCGAGCUGGCACCCUGCACCGUCUCAGGCAGCCUGCACCAGAAGACAACGUGAGGAUAGAAACAGGCGUACGCGAAGGACAAGAGGUGUCCGUACAUUACGAUCCGAUGAUAGCCAAGUUGGUAGUGUGGGGUCGCGAUCGCAACGAGGCCUUGGCGAAGACCAGAGCAAAGCUUUCCGAAUAUCAGGUGGCGGGGCUUGAAACAAACGUAAACUUCUUGCUGCGACUUAGCGGCGCGACGGCAUUCGUAUCGGGCGACGUACACACAGCGUUCAUUCCACAACACGAGGCCGAGCUGUUCCCAGCCUCUGACCAACGUCUAGCAAACCAACGCAGUAUUCACGCCGCACUUGGAUUUUUACUUAAUUCUCAAAGAAAUAACUCAAUAACACCAAAUUGGAAAGGAAUCUCAGUAGAAUCUGCAUCAUGGAGACCCAAUUAUCAACUAAGAAAAACUAUACCGUUGAAAUUUGAAGACAAAGACUUAAAAGUGACAAUAGAAUACGAAACCGCGCCAAAUUCAUACCGCGUACAAGUGAACGAUGGCGAAUGGCAGCAAAUUGAGGCGACUUUACGAGACACGGAACUCGGACUUCGGCUCAUCACACGUAUAGGGGAUAGGACCAGUAAUGUUGGUCUACUGACUUAUGAGGACCAAGUGCAUGUCUAUGAUGAGAAUGGUCAAACUGUUCACUAUAUACCGCGGCCCAAGUAUCAGGCGGGAAGCGAGGAGGAUGUCGCCAUCUCACAGAAUAGCGCCUGCUCGCCUACUCCUGGUGUGAUGGAAAGGAUUUUAGUUGCUAAAGGAGAUAAGGUGGUAAAAGGCCAGCCCUUAUUUGUAGUAAUAGCAAUGAAAAUGGAGUACGUGGUCCGCUCGCCAAGAGACGGCGUCGUAGCGAACGUGGCGGCCGUGAAACAAGGUGACGCGGUCGGGAAGGGAGCUCAAAUAGUACUGCUUGAGGACGCCAGUUAAAUAUAAAAAUGUUUAUAGACGUACUAAUUAUAUCAAGCCGCGUAUUUAUGAUAUAUAUAUAUAUAUAUAUAUAUAUAUAUAUAUAUAUAUAUAUAUAUAUAUAUAUAUAUAUAUAUAUAUAUAUAUAUAUAUAUAUAUUUGUUAAUUAUUAUAAACUUGAUGAGAGCAUCACAAUAUGUUGCAGUUCAAAGCAAUAUUACGCAAGUUAAUUUACAACAAUUCUUCCUCAAACAGCAUUUUAUCACAUAAUGUUUGUGAAAACAGAGAAAACGGAUUUAAACAUCAACAACAUUGAUUUUGAAUAUCAGCUACUCAACAAAAGUUUGCCUUGAAUACGUGACUUUAUUCAUAACAACAUAAAUCUCCACUAAACAUAGAAUUUGCCUCAAAAGUUGUUUAGCGAACUUACUAUACGCCAAUGAGAUUUUAAAUAACACUCAUGGUUGGAUCAAUGUAUAAAACGAAUUUUAAUACAGAGUUAAUAUUAUAAAAGACAGAGUUAGGUUUUAUUAUGGUUGUAAUUAGGUUGGACCAACGAAUUUAUUUCCGAGCUUUAUAAAGAAUAUUUGUGAAGAUAUGUUCUCUGUUGUUCAAUCAUGCAUUUAGAUUAAAUGAUAUUUUUAGUAUUCUUUUACAGAAGUUCUAUCAAAGAAACAAGCAUCCUUUUAUAGAAGUUUUACCAAAGAAACAAACAUCUUUUUAUAGAAGUUUUGCCAAAGAAACAUAGAUAUGAAAACGACAAAAAUUUGAAUAUUGAUGGCCCCUUGGAACCUUCAGGGGGAUAUCGGGUACCUACCCGAAGUGGUCCACAAAACCUUUUGUAAUAGAUUAAAAUAAUAACAACAAGUCGACACAAAAGUUACGCCACAAUUUGAAUAAAUUUUGUCAAAUGGUCCCUCAUUAUUACAAAGUCCGUUAACUACUGAUCCAGGGUUUACUUUAAAAAUAACUAUUCCUUAAAAGAAUCCUUAUUAUUUCGAUUUCAUUCAGUACCUAUAAACUAUAAAUAGUAUAUAGGAGAAAUGUGGCAUAUACCACUUGGUUAUACUUUCCCUUAAAAUAUUUUUAACAUUGGAAAACUACCCUCAAAUGCUAGUCAAUAAUAUAAUCUUUAUUAUCAUGGUACAAAAACCGUCGAAUAUAUAGUUCAUAAGUAAAACUUCGAAUAUUAUCACACCUAAAUUGUGAUUAUUUCUUGUAAUUGUUUAUAUUUAUAAUAAGUUUACUAUUGUAAUCUUUUUGAGGAAACAAUAAAGCGUAUCUAUCUAUCUAUCUAAAUAAGAGGAUUAUUAUUUUCACUUCUUUCAAAUGGUAAUAAGACAAAGAUUUGUUAAAAAAAUCAUGUAUUUAAUUUAAUAGAUACAUUAUUAAAAAAAAAUUCCUUGACUAAUUCUAUAUGGGAUCAACAGGAAAGUCAGUCCUAUAGAAUGUCUAUAAAGUUGAAUGGUUUCUCCAUAAGUGACUCCAACUAUGCAAUGCUGUUUAUAUAUAAUAUAUUUUUAUAUAAAAAGAUUUACAAAUUUUUAAAUGAUUAUAAAUUUAUAUAAAACAGGGUUUACAAAUAUGUAAUAUGCGAUCUUUACGCAUUUACAAUGUAAUUUCAAUAGUUUUUAUAAUAUUAUGUAAUGUACUGAAAUAAUACUAAAAGUGCAUUCUUAUGUAAUGUAAAUAAAUUUUAAUAUAUUUACGGUUGAUUCUA